CGAAUGUGCUCCAGGCUAGCGUGGGAGACAAUGAACAGCUGAACAUUGCAUCUACCCCUACUUCCCUCUUCCACGAGCAUCGGCAACAGGAAUACCUCGGCAGCAGCGCACCGGGUGGAGAUAUGCGAACAUGGCUGCGGCUGCUGCCAGUGCUGCUCUUGCAGCUACUGGCAGUGCGAGCUGCAGAGAUGAGCAUCAAUGAGAAAGACGAUAGCAGGCAGGUCUGCUCGGGCAUGUACUCGCGCAAGAGCUGGGGCGGCCCCGUCGACCCCUACAUUCUCGUCAAGUUCGAGCAUCCGGAAGUUCCAGAAGGGCAGGACCCGAUUGUCAGUUUGGUCAUAUUUGAAUGGGCCGAUCGGCCCUUGAUCGGAAAGCCCGAUCCGAACGAUAAGACAGUGGAUGACUUCUUGUGCGAUGAAGCGGCUCGCGAUGCUGGACUCUGCGAGGAAGCCGAUAUUGGAUCAUUUAUCCUGGCCGCCAAUGCUACUGCACUCUCGUCUUCGCUGAUACGGUCCGAGGCCAUCCAUCUCAAGGAGCCCGGAGCGAUCAACUAUCCUGUCAAGAAGACGGGCUAUUACUGCGUGAGCAGCGCGGCAUACAGCGCCACGGACUACACUGGCAUCGUCGAGUUCCGCAAUGCGUUCGGUGAGCUUCCUGCGGCUCAGAUGCCAAAGCUGCCCUUUUAUGCUGCAAGCAUGAUCAUCUAUGCUCUUCUGGCCUUUGGUUGGAGCGCCCUGUACUGGAUGCACAGAAGCGAUAUCUUGGCGGUGCAGAACUACAUAACAGCGAUUCUGGUCUUCCUUGUCAUCGAGAUGUUCAUGACCUGGCUGUUUUACGACUACCAGAACCGGCACGGAAUGAACGCUGGGUCCAAAGCCCUACUGAUCGUCACAUCCGUCCUCAGCGCCGUCAGGAACAGCUUCUCCUUCUUUCUUCUGCUCAUCGUCUGCAUGGGCUACGGCGUGGUGAAGCACGAACUGGGCAAGACCAUGUGGUAUGUGCGUGCCCUCGCGAUCACGCACUUCGUCUUUGGCGUCAUCUAUGCUAUCGCCUCCUUGGCAGUGACUCCAGAAAAUGCUGGUCCUCUUGUCCUCCUCGUUGUGCUGCCGCUAGCUGGUACACUCACAGCCUUCUACAUUUGGACACUUAACAGCUUAAACUAUACCAUGAAGGAUCUCGUGGAGCGCAAACAGCACGUCAAGGCCGGCAUGUACCGCAAAUUGUGGUGGUGUAUCCUCACCAGCAUCGUCGUUAUCUUUGCCUUCUUUUUCGUCAACAGCUGGACCUUUGCAGGAUCUGGCAAUGCUGACUUUGUGCCAAAUCAUUGGCAAUCAAGAUGGUUUAUCUUGGACGGCUGGUUGAAUUUGGUGUACUUCUGCGAUGUUGUCUUCAUCGCAUAUGUGUGGAGGCCGACAGCGAACAACCGGAGGUUCGCCAUGUCCGAUGAGAUCGCACAAGAUGAUGACGGCUUCGAAAUCGCUUCCAUCCGAGAUUCCAUGGACCUCGACGACGAUCUCGAAGCUGUGGGCAACGGCGGCAAGAACAACAAUAAUCCGCAGCCAUACGACGCUCCUCCUCGAAGCGGCAAUCCUAGCAGAGCUGCUUCUUCACUACAGCAGAACAAUAGGAGAGACGAAUCACCGCUGCCAGCGCCCGUUCCUACAAAGCCUGCAACAUUACCGCGGGAGUCGCUAGAUGGGGAGACCAUAUUCGCUGUCGAUGACGAUAGUGAUGAAGAAGACGAGGACGAAAGGAAACGGCUGACUACCACCAAGAAAGAUUGAAAGGACCGAGCAGAACGGGCGGCCGGCUGACCUGGUUUUUUGCGAGGGUCAUCUCCUUUCUUCAUUGUAUAGCAUGAGUAAGAACGAUACUUGCUGUAUCAACACACAGACCAUCCGUCCACAUCUUCACCACUCUCGAGAUCUCGGUAGCCC